AUGAAUGAAUCAGCGGUGAUGUCGAACGUAUCGGCACAGGCCACAAACACAUCCAGGCUGCUUGACCCCGAAGUGGUAGGCCAGACCACGGCCUCACCCGAGUUCUCGGCAUGGGCCACAGUCAUCAUCGUGGUCCUGUUUGUGGUGCUGCUGUUCAAUGGGUUUAUGGGCCUCCACGUGACUGGCAAAGGCGCGCGCAAGCCAGCUGAGAGCGACCACAAGCUUGCUCCCAAGGACGAACACGCUAGAACGUGGAAACUCAACACCUCGCUCACCCCAGUGGAUAACACUCUGGCCCCUUAUUCUCGUGGUGAUGGUGAGCCCCCAAACGACGAAAAGGGGGAGAGGAGAGACUCAAAGAAGAAGUCCUAG